AUGAGGGACAGAGAACUGAAAAUAAAGUUAAAAAUAGAUAUAAGAAUAUCCUUCCUUGUAGUUGAUCAUACAAGAGUUAUAUUAAAAGAUGGUGAUCCUAAUGUUGUAGGGUCUGAUUAUAUCAAUGCCAACACUAUCUCAUCUGAUGAAGAAUCAAAUGAACCAAAGAAACAAUAUAUAGCCACCCAGGGUUGUCUUCCAAACACUAUCGUAGAUUUCUGGCGUAUGGUAUGGCAAGAAAAUUCACGAGUUAUUGUCAUGACAACAAAAGAAGUGGAACGUGGAAGGAACAAAGCAACUAAAUAUUGGCCAGAAGAAAAUGAAGGAGCCAAAGAAUAUAGUUUUUAUUGUGGGAAACUAAAAGUCAAGCUAUUGAAAGAAUCAAAAGAAACAGAAUUUAUCACUAGAGAAAUGGAAUUAGUAAUGGAGACCCUAGAAGGACAGAUGGUAGAGAGUCCAAGAAUAAUCUAUCAGUACCAUUUUCAAACAUGGCCUGAUUAUGGAGUGCCACAAGAUCCUGGAAGUGUGUUAAAGUUUCUAUAUACCAUUAAUUCUAAACAAUAUUCUGUAGAAGAUGCUGGACCUUUGAUUGUCCAUUGUAGUGCUGGUAUUGGUAGAACAGGAACCUUUAUUGUUAUAGAUAUGAUUUUAAAUCAAAUAACAACAUUAGGUUUUGAUACUGAUAUUGAUAUCCAGAAAACCAUACAAGGUGUACGGUCACAGAGGUCUGGUAUGGUACAAACAGAGGCUCAAUAUAAAUUUGUAUAUAUGGCAAUUUCACAUUAUAUUCAAACAGAAAAACAGAGAAUGUUAGCCGAACAAGUAAGUUAUAGAGAUUAUUAUUAUAGUAAAGUAUUUGGGGUGUGUAAAUGUGUCUAA